CCGCGGCCCGGCAGCCCCCAGCCCUUCCCCAGCGCUGAGUGCCUGAAGGAGCCGGACCGGCGGCGCUGCGAGGCCACGGAGGUGCGCUGGCACUUCGAUGCCAAGCAGGGCUCCUGCGUCACCUUCCGCUACGGCGGCUGCGGAGCCAACAGGAACCACUUCGAGACGUACGAGGAGUGCCGUGCCGCCUGCGUGGGCAGCGCCCGGCCCACCUGCCUGCUGCCCAUGGUGCAGGGACCCUGCCAGAACUGGGAGCCGCGCUGGGCUUACAACUACAUCCUCAAGCAGUGCCACUCCUUCGUCUACGGCGGCUGCGAGGGCAACAACAACAACUUCGACAGCAAGGAGACGUGCGAGGACGUGUGCCCCUUCCCCAAGAGCCUGCAGUGCAAGGCCUGCCGCCUGAAGAGCAAGAUGGUGCUGAGCCUCUGCCGCAGCGACUUCGCCAUCGUGGGGCGGCUGAUGGAGAUCGUGGAGGACCAGGACUCCGGCAUCGCCCGCUUCGCCCUCGAGGACGUCCUCAAGGACGAGAAGAUGGGCCUCAAGUUCUUCAAUAUCAAGUACCUGGAGGUGACGCUGAUCGACAUGGACUGGAGCUGCCCCUGCCCCAACAUGACAGCCGAGGACGGGCCGCUCAUCAUCAUGGGCGCCGUGCACGACGGCAUGGCCACGCUGGACCCCGGCAGCUAUGUGCGGGCGGCCAACGACAAGAGGGUGAAGAAAAUCUACGAGCUGAUGGAGAAGAAAACCUGCGACCUCCUCAACCGCUUCCAGGAUUAGGGCCGGGCCGCGUGGACACGGGCUGCAGACCCCGGGGGACCCAUCUGAGCCCACAGCUUUUAUUGAGUGACCAUCACCAUUCUGCAGCUCCAUCCCUGUAACUGCCACCCCGUGUACCCCCAGCCCAGACAGCAGCAAUAAAAAGCCAGAUGGGGUUGCAGAGGAGUCUGCCCAGACCCCCCCACCCCGAGAUACCCAUCCCACAGCACUGAAGCCCACAGCAUCACCUGGUUCUGAUGGAACCAGAGGAGAUGGACCCCAAGCCAUCACCCAGGCACUGUGGGUGCAGCACUGCAUGUGUGACACUGCUCCUUUCCUGCGUGGCGUGGCAUGCCGUGCCCUCUCACAGUGCCAUGAGGUGUGGUGUGUCACAGCCUGUAGAAGAUGGGGCUCUUGAUGUUGGCCAGCGUGUCUACCUGCAGGCUUGGGGGGGCAUUGCCAGCACAAGGACCACCUCCUGAAGCCCAGCACCCCCCAUCUUUUUGGUCUCCACCAGUUGUUGCAGCAGCACUGUGUCCCAUAGACCACCAGCAGGGUUGCUGUGGGGGAGGGGGGUGCUGGUCAGAUAGAUGGAUGGACAGACAAAUGGAUGGAUGUGCAGGCAGAAGCUUCACCCUCAGGGCUCUCCAGUGUUGCCCUGUCUCCCAGAGCUGCCCUCAUCCUCCGCGUUAGGACUCUUCUCAACUGCAUGCUGUGGGCAGAGUGUGUAGGAUGGGCAAUGCAUGUAGGGUUGGAAGGAUGGACAGGGCCACCAGCAGCUCCAGGCAGGCUGCUCAGACUCGCAGCCCCCCAUGUCCCCCCUCUACCUCUGCCUCAGGCUGCAAUUGAAGCCCACACAGUUCUGAGGGGAGAUGUGGCCAUUCACAGCCUACAGCUGCCAGGACAUGAAGCUGGAGCUGCAGUCCAAGCCAUGGCUGCCUGCUGCCCCCAGCCCCUCUUCCCAUCCCUGUUGCACAGAGACCAAGCAAGAAGGGCCACAGCCCUGAGGGGACCCUUUCCUCUGUGCCCUGCUCCUCCAUAGAGCUUUGGGGGUGAUGCAGGAGUGCUGCUCCCCAGCCCACAGCACCCUUCUGGUCCUGGGGCACACAGCCAAAGCAGCCCUAUGCAGGGCUCACAGCACGUCCUGUAAUGCUGAUCCCUCCUCAGUUGUGCUCACCUUUUUCCAUUGCACAGUCCCUGCUUGGGGAACAGCCCCACAUCAGCCCCAGGCAGGGGAUGCUCCCACACCCAGAGCCUCAGCUGCCAGCAGCAUCUCCCAGGCGGGAUCUCUUAUGUCUCAUAAUAAGGCUGUGCUUGCAACACCACCAUGGAGAGAUGGCAGCUCAGCAUUGCACAGGACCAGCCCUGUUCCAGCAGGCUUCAGGAUCCUCAGCCCCGAAUAUGGGGAUAUGGAGAGGGCCCUCAGCCUGCACACUGAACCUCUGCCCCAGCCCAGGGAUUACUUUUAUGGCAGGGCUCCUGGCAUGGUGAUGUGGGAAGGACAUGGCUGUGCCUCACCACCGGCAGCUAUUUCUGCCCCUCUGCACCAGGCUGCUCCAAGGGCAAUAUUUCUUGGUGAGGAAUUCCUCCUCACUUAAGAGCCCGCGUUUAUUUUUGUUUCAUCAAUGGAAACUGAUCCCUUCCAGCUCGGUGCUGCAAUCCCUGGAAUGGACAUCUGGGUGCGACCGGGGCCUGUGCACAUCAUGCAGCAGCCGGGUUGGGAGCAGGGCAAGAUGUAGGGCUGGGAGCAGGGAACGGUGCUGGGUUGGGAGCAGGGCAUGGUGCUGGGCUGCACUGUGCAUCCCAUGGAGCAGCAUUGCCUUUGUACAUGUGCUGUUAGUGAGAGGGCAGCCUCUGCUUUGCCACACAGUGGGUGCUGCAGUGCUGACAAUUGUUUCGCAGCAGGAGGAGCAAUGUGGCACUAUGUGAGAGCGGAAUAUUGUGGAUUUGGAUUUUUUUUUAAUU